UCCUACAAGCAUUGGUUGCAUCCAACAUGGCACAGGCGGCACAGCAGGCGCAUGCGUCGAGAGGCGGCGCGUCAGCGGCAGCGGGAGCGACUCCGCCGCCCUCGCUGCCGCAGCUGCCGUUCAUGCCACCUGGCAUGUUUCCCUUUCUGCCACAGUUUCCGCUAGUGAUGCCGCAGCCGCCAGCAGGACAGCCGCCGUUGCUGCAGCCGCCGGCGCCGCCGCAGUCGCCUGCACCGGGGGGCAGUGAGAACUAGACGUGCAUGGGCUGCGAGGGCGAAAUCGGCUCUGACAGGUGCAGGGAGCACUCGGGCCGCCGUUGCUGUGCUUGGAAACCGUGUGUGCCACCCAGGCGCAGCCUGUCACGGCGCGAAAUGAUAUGAACGGUUGGGGAUAGCAGGCCGUGGUGCUACGCUGCGGGCGCGGACCAGUGUUGCUGUCUCUGGAUGGAUUCGGUGGGUGCAAGCUCCCUCCACGCAGGAAGGAACUGUGAGGUGUGAACUCUAUGGGAAUGGCUGGAAAGACAGGCGUGUGUACAGAACUCACCGGGGAUUCGGGGAACAUGCCUGGGACUGGGAGCAUGGGUGCACGCAGGUGCGGGUUCAAAGGUUGCCCAAGGUUCCUUCCGCCCGGCGCGAGAAAGGCUGAGAGGCCUGAGCAUACAUGCAUGUACGCAUGCCAAAGUUAUGGCUGGAGGUUGCAAUGUCAAAGCGCUGUGACUUGUGAGUCGGCCACCGCAAUGGAC